ACCAGUACAAAGAACAUCUUCUCCAGUAUAUGGAACGUCUUGGCUUAAUUGCUGUUGGUACAGUUGCUCAUUAUAUUCCGUGUACGAAUAAGCGCACAUUUGGAUGUGCUGAGGAGAAAUAUUUCCUCUCUUUGAAACACAAAACUCCAGUCUUGGUCUUUCGAUUUGAAUUUCUGCCAUAUUUCUUCUACUUCCGUCUGAUCGUUUCCUGUUUGACAAGGACCAACAAAGAAUGGAGAGUUUUACAAGACAAUGGACUUUGCCUUUACAAAAACGUUGCUUGUUUUGCGUAUAAGCUGCAUGCAGUCGCUUUGGCCGUGAAUCCUUCCUCCAUACAACUACAGGUGUUUCAACCGACAAAUAUUUCAGUUACCAAGAAGGUUGCAUUGGAAGUUCGUAAGAUUAUCACACAUUUAUUGAAUGAUUUGCUGGAGAAUUAUCACAAAAAAAUCGACAUGUACACUGUUGGGUUCCAAUGCUCAAAGCAGGAAGUAUUUCAUGAACAUGAUGAUUGCUUCGUUAAAGAAGAGCAGUUGUUAAAGGAGGGGACUAUGCUGUGCCCAAAACAUGAACUGAAUAACAGCCAUAUUCUACAUGAAUCAACUCUGCUAUUUUACUGGAAUCAGGAUGUACUUGCAGAGUCAACAGACCCUGACGCUCUAGUUGAAAAUAGGGCUUGUAGGAAUCUUCCAGAACCUGAAAUGAGAAGAUACAGAGUUCAGUGUUUCGAAAAACUCACAAAAAGUGGCAGAGAAGCUCUUCAGAUGUACUUUGACAAGGUCUUCCCUCCGGCAGAGCUAUUUAUGUUACUUCAGAAAAAUAAAGAAAACUUACGUAAACAGUUCAAUACAGACCAAUGUGAUCUACUGUUUCCAGUCGAUAAAUCGAUUCCAACCUCUUCUGCCUUUGAUGUGACCAUCAUGUACAAACUGUUGAGGAACUACGGACCAAACCUUCCUACCCCGACCAAAGGCUGGGGGAAGACACCGGACCCGGGACAGAAAUCUCCUACUGAUGACGUAGAGAGGAUCCGAGUUUAUAGGAACGAAGUGGAACAUAAAACUCCGGCAACUAGUGUCAUGGAGAAAGAGGACUGUCGUCUGAAGUGGAGGGAUUUAUGUCAGGCAAUACUACGACUUAGCGAAGGAAGCCUGGAACAAGAUAUAAUGGAACUCAUAUAUUGAGGCACCAAGACUGAGA